GGAGCUCCGGUAACAGAUGGCGGCGGUGGCGGGGAGUAAGUAGCAUCCAGCAGAAAUCUGACGGGGCAGUCCGGACCAGCUACCAGAGUUUGUUUUCUACUGAGGAAUCUGCACAAGACCUAGUCGAUCUGACCUCAUUGAGAAUUUAUUUUGUCUACAAUCUUGGAUUUUUUUCUUUUUACGUUGUCUUUUUUCCACUGUAGGCCACAAAAGCCUCGGGCUAGAUUUGGCUACAUACCGAUCCGAGUGCAAGGAGACAUCUGUGGGAUUGUUUGGAAAGUCUCAUGAAAUUUUUAUGCCAUAAUUGAGUGGUUUGAAGUAGUAACGUGUUUAUUUUGUAGAGUCAGUAGUGUUUUCACGAUAGCAAAAAUCUGUUAAUGUGGAGUAGGAAAAAAGUUAAUGAUACAAGCUAACUGGCUAGCUUGCUAAAAUGCUAGUUAGCUACCAAGCAGCGGAACUUUAGCAUGUUGAAUGAAUGAAUGAAUUGGCGACCACUUGCAUUUAACUAACAGCUUGUUAUUGGAAGAACACGUCUAAUAUAACAUAAGACGGCGCUGGUUGAGCCUGUCUGGCUAACUCUUCUUCUGUUACACUAACUUGCAUACCCACAAAUGGACAGGAAUGCGAUUCCUGGGAGUUGGUGGACAGCGGCGGUUUAGCACGCAAAGAUAGUGUUGUGCUAAUACCGACUAUAGCCCGGUAAUGUGUAUGAGACUGGGGGAAGUUAACUUUAGCUAGCUACAAAUAUUUGCGCUACCCAGGACUUGGCUGCAAUAGUGUGAACCUUAUACCCGGUUCGGGAAUGGGGAAUACGGUGUCAUGCUGCGUCUCUCCAGAGUCGAGCCCCAAACUACCGUCAAGACAACCGGCAGAGCGGCUGGAGGAGUUCCAGACCAGCACCGAAGUGAGCGAUGAUAACACCGUGCCCUACCUGCAGCAUAUAAGCGACAGAGAGGUCCCAGAUGAGCUGGCUGUGGAGUCUAACCCGUCAGACCACGCCCGAGCGAGCACCAUCUUCCUUAGCAAGUCCCAGACAGACGUACGAGACAAGAGGAAAAGCAACCACAUAAAUCACAUCAGUCAUGUGUCCCCUGGUCCACUGUCUAAGAAAUACAGCUCCUGUUCCACAAUCUUCAUAGACGACAACACCGUCAGCCAGCCAAACCUCAAAAGCACAAUCAAAUGUGUCACAUUAGCAAUAUACUACCACAUCAAAAACAGGGACUCAGACAGGUCACUGGAUAUCUUUGAUGAGAAGUUGCACCCCUUAUCAACGUGUGUGUCUGUUUGUCCCAAACAGAGAGAGCCAGUGCCAGAUGACUACUCCCGAGUAGACCCAGAACACAAACUGAUCUACCGUUUCGUCAGAACGCUCUUCAGUGCCGCACAGCUCACUGCAGAAUGUGCCAUUGUCACUCUAGUGUACUUGGAGCGCCUGCUGACCUACGCUGAGCUGGAUAUCUGUCCCGCCAACUGGAAGCGCAUCGUCCUGGGAGCCAUCUUGUUGGCUUCCAAAGUCUGGGAUGACCAGGCUGUGUGGAAUGUUGACUACUGCCAGAUCCUGAAAGACAUCACUGUGGAGGACAUGAAUGAGAUGGAGCGCCACUUCCUGGAACUUCUCCAGUUUAAUAUCAACGUGCCAGCCAGUGUCUAUGCCAAGUACUACUUCGAUCUGCGGCAGCUGGCUGACGACAACAACCUCAACUUCCCUCUGGAGCCUCUCAACAACCAACGCGCCCAGAAACUAGAGGCCAUUUCAAGAUUAUGUGAGGACAAGUACAAGGACCUGAGCCGAGCAGCGAUGAGACGAUCCUUCAGCGCAGACAACCUGAUAGGUAUACGACACUCCAACGCUGUGCUGUCAUAGGUCAGACCGCUGCCCUCUGAUUUCCAAAGCCCAGCUGACCCACAGCCAGCCCCGGACAAACAUAGCCACCUCACAGGGUCAACACAGUCACAUCAGGCAGGAUUCAGCCUUGAAAUGGUUGAAACGGUAUGACAUGCCCAAACGGUAAUCUGCAUUACGGCUGCGUGAUUGUCAAAUUAAACUUGAAAUUGGGGUGUUAACCUAAAACCUUGCCACACAACUGUUGUUUUUAUAAAUCCCUUAUUUAUUUUUUACUUGUCCCUUAUUUCUAAGAGAAAGUGUUAAGUGGAAAUUGCUCUUCCGUACUCAUCUCUGUCUUUGGAUUGUCAUUAAAAUGUAAUUUCUGCAAAAGUAUCAGAAUUAUUCCAUGCAGCCUUUAAAAGAUGAGGCUGAUGUUAUUCUAUAUUUUAGUUGUCACCAAAUCCAAUGACGAGACCAAGACCAGCAAUGUGUUAGUUUUUCUCUCUGUACUUUCUGACUUCCACACCCAGUCUGUGACAAGCAGGCCAUUGGUUUGUACUGAAGACACAAAUAUUUAAUGUGUCACAAUUGUACAGUAGACUUUAAGUCCUAAAAUGGCGCAGUCAUUUCCUAAAACAGCUACCACUAUAACAUCUAUCAAACAUUGACUCAAACAGGAUGGUGCAUUUGUUGGGGACUGUUUCUUGCUGUGGAUUAAUACACAUUUGGUGCUUCAAGUCAGUAUUUACUGCAGCAGGAUGGUGUAUGUGGGACUGACUCAAAGUAAACCGUGUACAGGGCACUACUACUGCUAUCAGACUGUGGAUACACGGACAGUACUUAGUCAGAUCUAUUUAUUGUUGGUUUUGGGCUUUUCGUGGGAUUUGUUGACAGUAAGAAAGUAUACAAUAUCACCAGACAUAAUUUAAUUGGCAACACAAAAGCUGUUCCUUUUGUAAAUUAGAUUUAAUACCAGAAGUUACCUUUUGAGUGUGUAAAAAGAGACUUGUUUACUGUUUAUUCCAGUGGUGUUGGAUUGUAUUUCAAUAAAUUAUCUACACAUUUGGAUGGAGCAUGUCAAAGAUGACAAAGUAUUAAACUAUGAAUAUUCCACAGGAGCUGGCCAAAGUAAGCAAACCUUCAGUCAGUUGUUGUAGUGUUUCUGGGAGUCAGGAGUGCCAAUGUGGGGUCAGAUUCAUUUUUCAGAUACACUUGGUCAAAAAAGGAGCGAUUUACAGAUUCUGGAUCAGUGCUGCUACCGAGUGGCUUGUUAUAGCAGUUAGGUUGACAUAAUGCAUAAAUGUAGGUUGGAUCCACACUGUCCGGCCAGAGUAUUAUGCCCCUCAAAUCCUGUCAUCCAUACCCCACCUCAGAGAGCCCCAUCAACAGAUUACCAAACCCAUGCUUGUCCCAGGCCCCCAACCAGAACUUCUGAACAAUACAUAGAUAUUGAGGGGGGGAAAAGAGACUGAUGGAUACUCCCCUCCUUUUUGCUUACUAUGUAGGCUACUAGCUGUGAAAUUUGUCUUGUUUUUAAUUAAAAAAAAAAAACAAACAUUUGCAGAUGGAUUAUUUUAAAUAAACACUAAUCAUGUAACAAAGAAAUGUUGUGUUAAUUGUAUUAAUAAUUAAAAAUGUGCUGGUGGUGUUGUGAGUGUACAGCUUGCUGUGCUUGUUUAACUAGUACAACCAGUCUGAGUUGUAAGGUUUCUUGUGAUGUGCUAUAGCGGCGGAGGCACAUCUCACCUAAAACAAUGAUCCUCUCCUCCGAAAUCAUAAAAAAGUGGAUAUACUCUUAUGAAAUACAGUAUCUCACAAAAGUAAGUACACCCCUCACAUGGUUGUAAAUAUUUCAUUAUCUUUUCAUGUGACAACACUGAAGAAAUGACACUUUGUUACAAAGUAGUGAGUGUACUCGCUUGUAUAACAGUGUAAAUGUCCUGUCCCCUCAAAAUAUCAUCAACAUCACACAGCCAGUAAUGUCUAUACCACUGGCAACGAAAGUGAGCACACCCCUAAGUGAAAAUGUAAUUUCUUCAGUGUGGUUGCAUGAAAAGAUAUAAUCAAAUAUUUGCUAAAAUGUGACAGGUGUACUCACUUUUGUGAGACACUGUAUAACAUUUAGCCUUUACCAGCGGUGCUAUUUCAUAUAGAGAGAGCCAUUAAAUUUGGUACAGCUAUCUUUUAGGCCAUCAUCCUCUAACUAAAUGAUUAUAAGACGAGGAUCGGGAUCACUUACCACCUCGGCUAAACGAUUUCCUUGAUGAGUUGUAAGUAUUAGCCUUUUAUUAUUUUGAAGAGGUACUUUUAUGAUUCAAACUGUUAGUCACUUAUUAACAAUGUUUUGGUCCUUAGACCUUCAGGUAACUUUGUCAGAUGGCUUCUGACACCAUGUAUACAGCAUAUAAACAGUAUAGUGCUGUUAAGUAAAGGAAGUGCAAGUGACAAGUAACCCAAUGUCAUUUUCAGGUGUAACUACAUGUUUGCAUCCUGAGCCAGCGGUUUAGUUUCUACGUAGUUGUUUUAUUUAAUGACAUUACAGUAAUAACUUACCAUUUGUUGGCAUAUUCAAAUGUCUUUGUAAUUUUAGUAUUGUAACAUUAAUCAGAUGCUAAUGAAGCUUUAAUUGGUGGUCACAUUAGAGAAAUGCUUCCCCUGCUGUAGCUGAGAUCUUUCCCAUGUCAAAUGAGUUGGCCGCAAAUUCUGAUCACAUUAAUGUUUCACACCCCUGUAAAAUCUUGUCUGUGUGUGUAACCUUACUGUAAUACAGCUAAUGUCUUUAAAGUUCUAGUGGUGCUGCAGUCAACAAACCACGGGACAGUUCUGAUACAGUCUGAAAUAAUGUUGGAUAUGCUGUGAGACAAAAUUAGUUUGUUUAAUUCCAAAGAUUGUGCCAUCCUGUUUAUAUACGAUGAUAUGUCUCCCUUUUUAUAUCUCUGGUUGCAUUAAGUGACUGUGGGUAAUGUUAGUCUGUGAGCAGGAGUUUUGUAUGACGAUGUUGGAUUUUUGCAUCAAUGUGAUGAUGUAACGUGAUUUGGAAGGUAUUUAAUUUGCUGGAUUAGCCAAAACACAAUGGUACAGUUACAGAUGAUGGCUAUGGAAAUCAAUUUCACCUUCAACCUAUUUUAUUUGAGUGUCCCAAUUCAGAAUGUAACGGAUGCAGCUCUCAUAUAAUUUACGCUACAUAUACUACUAUUUGAGGGGGAAAGGAAGAAAAUAAAAUAACCGGUCAGUGAUGA